AAUCUGAUGUCAGAGCAGUUCCAAAGAUGGUUGGGGAGUUCUUGAAACCCUGUGAGAGAUGGUUCCAGGUUAACUGUUCUUAUCUCCCUGACUGGGGGGGGGGUCUUCCCAUUGGAGAGCAAAGAUGGGUUGGCUCACAGGUGCCAACAGGACGCAGAAGACGGCAUCUUUUGAGUCUCGGCGUGAGAAGCAGGUUGUCUCUACUGGUAUCAGGGCCAGCAAGGUGUAUGGGUUAGGAUCCACAGGGUGCAGAGCCACUGUUGUUUGAUUGACUGCCCGGAAAUCCUGCACUGGGCAAUAAUCAUCUUGUCUGCUUCUGAACUGGCAGUAAGGAAGUGUGCCAGGCAGAUUGACAGGGUCUCAGGAUUCCAUAUUUUAAGGUCUCUGGAGAUGAUGAGAUAUCUUUGAUCACCUGACAGACAAAAGCAGGCCCCAUGUCUGACCCGAUGCUGCUAGGUACCCUAAAUUAUUGAAUAAUUUUUUUUUGCUAGUGCCCUUGAUAUCUCUGCAGCCUUUUCUGUGUGGGUGGGGUAUGCUUCCAUUCAGCCUAUAAAAGUGCAGACCACCACCAGAAGGUACUGAUAAGUUUUGCUUGGUUGGAUUUUAGUGAAGUCUAUUUCCAGGUGUUGGAAUUGGUAGACUCCUUUUUUUCUGGAUGAGUAGUGGAGGCUUGGGCCCCUGUCCUGGGUUGUGUUGGCACAGUUCAGGCAAGCCUUGCUGGCCAACUGAGUUAGAGUUGCCAAUCGAGGAAUGACGAGAUGUUUUUUAACAGUCCUUGUAGGGAGGUUUUGCCCAAAUGAGUGAUGUCAUGUGCCAGCCUUACCAGGCCUGUGGCUGCUUUUUCUGAUAUCAGGAUCCUUCCUUCUAGGGUGAUGAACCAGCCUUUUGAGUUUUCUUUAGCCCCUGUUUUAUGGGCCUGUUCUCUUUCUUGUGGGCUCUGGCUUCCAUCAGUGAAGAGCUCCAGGUCAGCAUUGGGAAUAGCAGUGUCCACUAAAUUGGGCCGAGAAGAGAAGACUUCGUCUAAACCUCUUCACAAGAAUGGAGGGGUUCCCCCUCCUCUUCUGUAAGAGUGAAAAGAAAACAUAUGAUCUUCAAUAAGAAUGUUAUCCUGUGACUCAUCAGCUCAUUCCUCAAACUGAUGAAGUAGACUCCUUAAGAGAUUGCAAAGAAUUUACUUCCAUAGACAGUGGCCAAGGAAGACAGUCCUGGUACAUUCCUUAACUCUAAAGGAAUGACUCUGGCUGCAUGUGAAGAAUAGAGAGGAAGGAGUGGGGAGUAGAACAGAAUAGAAAACACAGAAAUGACUAGCUGGUUAAUAGUAGCUGCUGCUGGCACCAGGAACAAAGCCUGCUGGUCUGUGCCUUCUGUUACCCUUGGAGCAGCGGGAGCACUGGGUCCUGCUUAUACAGCUAUGGCCACAGCAGAGUAUACCACAGAUGAACCUCUAAUCAGAGGCAAAAGGAAGCAAGAUCUCCAAGAGAUGCUGAGAGAAGUGGGACUGGAUAUUGAACACUGGUUGCCAAAGCUAAAGGAACACCUCAGCGUGACUUGUGCUCAGGCCUUACAAUAUUUAAAAGAAAAAGACCUCCAGAAGCUGAAAUCCCAUGCACAAUAUCCAUGGGAGAAAAGAGCCUUGGAGAAGCUGUUUGAACUGUCACACUCAAAAACUAUUUCAGAACUACAGGAGUCACCAUUGGAGAUGAUAAAGAAAAGACAGAAGCAAGCAGAUGAGGCACUGCAGGAGUUGAAAGAGUUGCUGUCAGAAGGGAGGCAGAGACAGGAAGAGGCAGUGAGAAGAAAAGAAGCAGAGCUGAGGCAAGUGAUGGAGAUCCCUGAAGAGCACUGGCCACUGCCUGAAAAGCCCCUACAGGAAGUCAUAGGAAACAUACAAAGACAGCUCAGUCUCACGGUACAGACACUGUCCCACAGGAAAAACCUACCAGAUAGAGAUGUGAUAGAAAGGGCAUCUGGAGGACUUGCCCUGCAGGGAAUUUACAAAACCAGCCACAAAAAAGACCUGAUGGAGAAGAGACAAGAGUUACUCAGUGUCCCUAAGGAGUUUUUACUAUUUGGCCCUGAGCAGGGCACACGGAUGGAAACAAAAGAAUUUACAUCUACUCAAGUAGAAUCUAUAUUCACCCAGAUGACAGAGAAGCUGGGCUUCAGUGUGACUUCCUCAGUCAAGGGUAGAGGUUGGGGAUUUAGUUUAGAAGCUGGUAUGGAACAAAGCAAACACUCAGAAUCAGAGGAAAGCCAACAAUCACAUUCUAAGUGCUCUUAUUUCUGCUCAACCAAGUUUAGCUAUAUCCCGCUGGCCUCCUGCCACUUUCCCAUUGAUCAGCUCCAGCUCUCCAAGGCUGCUCUCAAGGAAUUGAAAAGCACUGAAGAACUCCUGGGUCAGGCUGCAGUCUCAGACAGAUUACCCUUAUUAAGGCAAAGGACAGAAAACUUCUUCCACAGGUUUGGCUCUCAUGCUAACCAAGGCCCUCUGCACCUGGGAGGAAUCUAUUGGUGGAAGGCCACUGCAGAGGGUUUCCAAAGUGAGCAGCUGGCGGAUGUGAAGCAGCAGGCAGCAGAGUACCUGGAUGAGUACAUAAGGUGCAGCUACAGCGGAUUUGGAGUCAACAUUGCAGCUGGUAUGAAUGUGUCAGACAUACAUUCAAAAAUAGCCUGUCAGAGGAAAACUUUCCAAAACCUCGAAACAAAAAUCCAGUUAUCUGUGGCACAAACAGGUGGUCCACCAGAAGCAGAUGGACUUGUCCAGUGGAAAGCUGGCCUUGUUGCCAGCAAUCAAACCUGGUGUGUCAUUGACCGGGGUCUUAAACUGGUGCCCAUUUGGGACAUCAUCCUCUCCAGUCACAGAAGUGAUUUUAAGGACCCUCUUCAGCUGGCUAACUGUCUAAAGGACAACUACACUGCUCUGACUGGCCUCACUGCCCAGAUCCAGGAUGGAGAGGAAUUACUGAGUGCUGGGAAGGAAGCUAGGGAUUUCCUACAAGAUGUGAAAUCCUGGGAGGUAUCUGAUCCUGAAGAGCAGCUAAAAAAACUGAUAGGUUUUAUGCAAAUGUUGAAUCAUAAAAUAAAAGAUUAUGACAUUUGGAUAAAUAUAUGCCUCACAGAUUUGGAUCUGCAGAAUUUUCUAGUAAACACUGUGAACUUUUGCAAGAAGUUACCAACUUAUAAAACUAAAUUUAUUAAAUCUCAAUUGUGCAGUCUUCUGGAUCCUCAUGUCUACAAAGUAACAAAUUUUCCUCAGGCUCAUUCCAUCAUGCAGUGGAUCUACCAGUCAGAGUCAAAGCAAGAGCAGGUGAAUAUCUCUGAGUUUUCUGAAUUCAUUAUGACCUUAAAAGAAAUACAAAAUAACCUCAUGGAACGGACUGACAAAUCUGAGUUCCUAAAAAAAAGAGAAGAAACUCAACGAAAAGCUACUUAUGAGAUCAGCUUGGCUCUCAGCAGCUUCUUGGAAUCCCUCAAAGAAACAGAGCAGCAUGACACACACUUCUUGGUUCUUUCCAUUGCAGUUGGUGCAGGUUAUCAGGUGGUAAACAAUACUUUUCACCAUCUUCUGGGGUGUGAUGAGUUAAACUUCCUGUUAGAAGAAACACAAAGUGCCGUAAAUAAAUAUCAGGAGCUCAAAUGUAUUUGCAACUACAGCGCUCAGGCUUUCCUGGUGCUCACAGUUUUGACUGCCACAGUUGGAGUCACAGUUAUUUCUCCAGAGGAGAAAACUCAACGCCUGGCAUUAAUAAGACAGCACAUGGGACAAUCACUGUCUAAGGAAGUUGCUCAAGUCCUCGCCAAACUAGAAGUAGAUCAUGAUUGGAUAAACCUAGAAAAAGAUUUGAGAAAGCUUGUUGAUGGAGAUUAUGAAGCCACCAUCUCUUCUUUGCAAAUGAAUGAGGUCAAAAGACAAUUGCAAAGUAUUCUCCGUGAAAAGAAACAGCCCUAUAAACGACAUAAUAGUGAAAAUAAUGAAAUGGGUGUGAUGGAGAAUGCAGCUUUCCUAGACUUACUCCAGCGUUUAGGCCUAGAACUUUACUACCCAAAAAGGAUGACCAGAGCUAACUUCCAUCUAAUCUACAAGACCUCUGUGUACAACAACCAGCCCAAAUCUGAACAGGACAUUCCCUUCUAUUUCCUACAGAAGCUACUCAUGCUAGACUAUGGGUUGAGACAUCUGGAGGUCAAGGAUGAUGGAAAUAUAGAAAAACAAGUCAGUACAAGUCCCUCCAAUAAAGAAUAUGAAGAUUUUGAUCCAUAUGAAGACUUACCUGAAGACAGUGAAAGUCUCACUAAUCCUGCAGCCAGUAAGACUAAGCUUCAUAUUCACCCAAUGGAUAUUCAGAUGGCGAUAUUUCACUGUGCAGAUGAUCUUGCCAGGCAAUAUAUUUUGGCAAAACUUUCUUUGUGUCAAUUUGCCCUCCCCCUGGUGGUGCCUAAUCCCUGUUCUUCUCAACUUGAAUUCUCUCUCUGGUCGCUAAGACAAAUUAGGAAAAGUUGGCAGAAUGCAAAGAAAUCACCACAAGGAAAAAAUAGUUACAAAAACCAGCAGAUGUGUCAGGUCUCUACCCACAUUGUGUCCUUCAUUAGAGUUGGAAAUGGCUUCUCGGCUUCCAAAUCAAAGAUCAUGAACUGUUUUCUCAGUAAGCGUAAACAUGAUGUGUUUUUUCAUCGACACUGCAGAGGAAGCAGCAAAGACUGUCUCUUGAUGGGGGGCGUGGUUGAAAUCUGCUGGUUCUGUCCAGGUGGGGGAGAGGAAGACAGAUUUGAUGACUGUGUGACCUUCACCAAUCUUCAUGGAGAUGCAAAGGAACAUAAGAGGCAGCUCACCUUCCUGCAGAAGGUCUCUUCUCUCAUAGUCGUCCUCAUGUCAGUGUCUGAUGACAAUAAAGAAAAUCAAAAAAUUGUCCGUGAUCUGUGCCACUCAUCCAGACCUUUGAUAUUCUUGGUGGAUGAUAAAGAAAAAAACAUUGUCAGUAAAUCAGAGACCAGAGUGAAAAUUGGCCUCAAGAAUAGAAAUGAGGCAGAAUUAACAGAGGAACUGACAAUUACAAUUAAACAUUUGCUACAGGACAUUGACACAGGUCUCACUUUGGAAAACUGUUCCCAGAUUGCUCACAAACAAGGAUUCCUUAUUGAUGAAGACCACAGUGACUGCAAGUUAGCAAAAGACAAAGCACAGAUUAUUCUGGCCCUUCUAGGAGAAACAAAAUUAUCUCAGAUAAAAGAAACCUUACUACCACUCCAGGGACAACUGUGGCACCUCUGGUGUAAGAAGGACAAAGAACUCUAUCAUUUGAGAGAAAAGGGGAACAGAAGCAUCGAGCAUCACAAAAGUGAGGUUGAGUGUGAAAAACGAAAAAUACGCCACCAGCAGUUCAAAAGAGCCUUUCCUCUCAAUGAUUUAAUGCGAUCUGUCCUUGAAAUUCUCCAAGAACAUUCAGAAACACACACUAAACUCUACUUCUUGCAGUGGUUGAGUGUGUUUUUGGACAACAUGACUGCAGAACACUUGGAAAAACUACGAGAAAAACAAAGAUCUUUGUGGUCACGAGUACAAACAGAAAAGCAAAAGACAAAACCAGGAAAGUCCCUGAAACUCUGGCAAAAUCAGAUAGAAGCCAUCUCUAAAGAGAUUUGCAACUGCACCCUGGGAAUUGAGCAACUUCUUAGAGAAGUCGGCCAGAUCUAUGAAGCUCUGGAAGAAAUUUCCUCCACAAGAGAUACCAUUUUUCUUUCCCUUCCCCAAAUUGCUGCAGACCUUAUGUUAUCUGGUGUUCCCAUUGAGCUGAUGGAUGGGGAUGCUUCUUAUGUCCCUCUAAAGUGGGUAGCAGCUGUGUUUGACAAGAUCUCUGAGAAACUUGGAAAUAAACGGCUGUUUGUUCUCUCUGUCCUUGGCCUGCAGAGCUCAGGGAAGUCCACCCUGCUGAAUGCCCUUUUUGGGCUACAGUUCACUGUCAGUGCAGGCAGAUGUACCAGGGGGGCCUACAUGCAGCUCCUGGAGGUGGAGGAGUCAUCCAGAGAGGAACUUGGCUUUGACUUUGUGCUGGUUGUAGACACAGAAGGACUUCGUGCCCCAGAACUCAACAACAAAUCCCAGAAUUACAAUGAACUGGCUACCUUUGUCAUCGGCCUUGGAAACUUGACUGUGAUCAAUAUUUUUGGAGAGAAUCCAUCAGAGAUGCAAGACAUACUACAAAUAGUUGUGCAAGCCUUUCUGAGGAUGAAACAAGUCAAAAUCUCCCCCAGCUGUCUCUUUGUCCACCAGAGUGGGGAAGUUACAGCCAAAGACCAAACCAUGGAAGGACGGCAGCGGCUAGAACAGAGACUGGAUGAAAUGACAGCGUUAGCUGCUGAACAAGAAGAGUGCUCAGAUGUAACUCGCUUCAGUGAUGUCAUUAAGUUUGAUGUAAAUACUCACGUCUACUACUUUGCUCACCUCUGGGAUGGCAAUCCCCCAAUGGCCCCUCCCAAUCCUCGCUAUAGCCACAAUGUGCAGGAACUGAAAAGCAGAAUCCUUUCAACUGCAGAACAGGAAUCCAGGGGAAGCAUCAUGAAAAUAUCAGAUGUAAAAUUCAGAAUUCAAGAUUUGUGGAGAGCAUUGGUCAGUGAGAACUUCAUUUUCAAUUUCAGGAACACCCGAGAGGUCAUAGCUAUGAGCAAACUGGAAACCAUGUACAACCACUGGACCUGGGAACUGAGGAGUCACAUGCUGGACUUGCAAAAUAGGCUGAACAAUCAGAUUCAGAAUGGAAAAUUACUGACACUCAAAGGAGGAACAAUUGAGGCUCCAAUUACAGAGAAAUAUGAAACUAUCAAAAAAGGAUUUGAAAAAUAUUUUAAGGAAGACACAGAGAGUGAAAUAUUGAUUCAAUGGAAAGCAAAUUUUGAAAAUAAGCUACUACUGCUUAAAGAGGCACUUAUUUUAGACACCAAAAGUAAAGUUAAUGAACUUAUUAGUUUAAAAAAAAGUCAAGAAAUGCUGAAUGAGAAAAAGACUGAUUAUGAAACUGAAUUGUUGAGAGCCGAGAGUUUGGCUUUAAGUGUAAAGGACAAAGAAUUGAGUGAUGAAGAGUUACAUGACAAAUUCAAUAAACUUUGGAAAAAAUGGGUCUAUGAUGUAUCCUCAACUAUCCCUCCAGUCACAGACCCUAAAAUUGAUGUGGAUUCUGAAGACAUCCUUUGGAAAUAUUUCCAAAAAGAAAAAAAUAUCAAGGAAAAAUUAGAGAAAAGUCACGGAGAGAAAUUUCAGAUUGAUCACAACAAACACAUCCAAAUGAGUAAGAAAUAUGGUUUCAUCACAAACACUUUAGAGGACUAUGAUAAAGAGUCCAUUGAAAUGACUACUAAUCGCAUUUUUUCAAGAUUUAAGGAAACUAUUAACAACAUUCAGAAACAACAGCGUGAUUACAGUGCCAAUGAUUUCCAUGAAAUACUGAGAAUAAUAGAAGAGGAAGUGAAAUCUGCACCCACUGAGAAAAGAUACACAUUUACAAGCAAUUACAACAUUGAGUUAUCUUUGUGUCUAUUCCAAAAAGCAUCAAAAUAUUUCAAGGAAAUGCACAGGGCAUUCAAGAGAACAAAUGAUCCUGUAAACUAUCUGGAAAGCAAGAAAGAUGAUUUCUUCAUGAGUUUUAAGAUCUCCUGCCAAGGAGCCACUUCCAUCAAAACAUUUGUUGAUUUUCUAUGGCACAAGCUCACUCAUGCUGCAUCUGACACUAUAAGGAGGAAAAUGGCCCCUACUAUAGCUGGGGAAAUGCGAGCUACUUGCCCUGCAUUCAAUGGAAAUAGGUCUAACCUGGAGAAACACAUUCUCAUCUCUCUGGCAGAAGAAGAAAACUUUGAUAAUUAUUGGCAAUACAUUCACAAUCCAAAAUCUUUUUCUAGGAGCUAUAUUGAAAACCAUGUUAGAAGAUAUUGUUCAAAUGAAGGAGGGAAAAGAAUAAAGACUUUUGUAAAAACAAGUUUAGAUGACAUCAGGAAUGCCAUCCUUUCUGCCAUUUAUGAGUCAACAGCAGUAGCUAAAGAUAAAAGCAGCACUGCAUCUGAGUGGUUGGAUUUGUUCUGUGAUCACUUGGGCAGUAAUUUGGUCUUUCCACGAAGAGAAUUAACAAACAUUGAACACCAGGAGAUAAAUUAUGUUGAGUUUCUCAAAGAAGCCAUGAGUGCAGCUUUGGAUCCUGCAAUGAAGAAAGUAGAAGAGAAUUGUUCAAGUAUGCCUACAGAUGAAAUGAUUCCUGAAAUUGAGAAAAUCCUCUCUGAACAUCUCUGUGGAUGCUGGAAACAAUGUCCCUUAUGUAAAGCAAUUUGUACAAACACAAUUCCUACUCAUGAAGGUGACCACAGUGUUCCAUUUCACCGUCCUCAGGCUGUCAAUGGAUCUAUUUGGUAUAAAACAGACCACUUUGUCAUUGAUUGCUGCUGUACUUCAGUAGCCAGUGAUGAUUAUUUUGUUUUUAGUGAUAAUAAGCAAAUCCCAUGUAAGAAAUACCGGCAAGCAGGAGGUGAUUAUGCCACAUGGAGAAUCACUCCAGAUUCAUCCACCCAGCCAUAUUGGAAAUGGUUUGUCUCACAUUUCAGAGCAAAACUAGAAGAAAACUAUCAGAAAAAAUUUACAGGUAAAGGUGAAAUUCCUAUUUCAUGGACACAAAUCACAAAACAGGAUGUGCUUGAUGACUUGAAGAAAUAAUAGUUAGUACACAAGAGACCUAUACCUGAACUCAGAGGUCAAAGUACCUAAACAAUCUUAAAGCAACACCUUGCAAUGAGAACCUUCAACAUCUCCAGUUUUGAAAAAACUGUUUAAAGAUAUCCUAAUAAAGGACUUAACUAAGUUCUCUCUGCCUCAACUAUAUCUGGUUUAAAAACAAAUUAGAAACAAUAAAAACAGCAGGGUACUGGCACAAAAACAGACAUGAAGA